AAAAAUGGCGGACGCAUCGUCUUCCGAUACUACCUCAGACUGUUGCAAUGAAUGGUUCUCUGAUAUUACUUCCGAAAAGUCGGAAUACGUUAUCGUAGGUCAGAAACCAUGUUUGUCUCAUCGUCGCAGCAAAAGACAUUUCUUACAGAAGCUAUUUUUAAGAGAGAUCAGAGGUUGUUUAUCAGCGCACAAUUAUGCGUCAGAAGAAAGACUGUUUGCUACUGUACCUUCUUGGAGACACCUGCCACUGUUACAUGUAAUCCCAAAGUCAGCACUAGAAGCAGGACAUAUUGUAAUGGGAUUGACACAGUGUGGUCAGUUUUUACUUACAUACACAUAUACCAUGGAUGUGAGUGGCACUACCUCUUUGUACAAAUACUUGUUACAUUGGUGGGCUUUUACUCCAAACCAUGUUGCACGUAAAGUUGCAGAGGUCACGCUUUUCGGUAAUUAUAGUAUCUACAGAGAACUUAGUAUUAUUAUUUCGCAAUGGCCAAUGGAAAGGAAUAAGCUGGUGAUACAUGGCCUUUGUACAAACUGGCUGCAUCUUCAACCAACAGAUAGAGCUUACUUAACAAUAACUACAGUGCCAUCUCUUGAAAAUUGUAAGGACUGUUUAAAAGUAGCAGCAUCCUAUGAAGAAGAAGGCGAAGAACUUGCAGCAAACUGGGAUGGUUGUGUAAGGUGUAAUUGUCUUCAACAUGGACUCACUGUCCAUACCACCUACGAAGUAAUUUCUCCAUAUCCUAGGUUCCGUGCUACUGUCUGUUUGAAUUAUUGGAAUCAUGUAGUAGUUAAUACAGGCAACUUUUUACAUGUGCUCAGGGUGGACUUGGACAUUCCAAAAUCGAAAAACCAGAAGUCUAACGAUAAACAAGACACUGUGAUUUCUGAUACUGUGCCGUUAGACAUGAGUGACGUUGAGGAAUUGGACUAUACUAAGACGGUGGAACGUUACGAGAGUUCCGACGAGAAAGUAGGCACACCCGAGUGUGCAGUCGAUCAAUCGCCGCGGUGUGAGUCGAGUAUAGAACAUGAUUUUUUAGAAGAACCAAUUAAAUUAGAUGAUAAGUUAGGCCAUGAUUCGUUAAAUACCUCAAGUAGCAAUCAAAGCGACUGUGCCUGUGAUAUAAAUAAGUCUGCCGACAUCGUAUGUGUUAAGCCAUGCGACUGUACUGACAGCAACGAGUGUAAAUGCCAAAAUAGUAGUCCAGUUUCGCGAACCGAACAGCAAGCGAUCUCGGUCAGAGAUAAAAUCUUGCAGGACUUCUGCGAGGACAUGUCCCAGGAGCUCAACAUUGGUAGUGAUCUAAUUACGCUAGUGAAACAUCCCUCGUGUUCUCCACGGUCUACGCCUCAAAGACUUCCUUCUGAUCUCAAAACAAUGAUAUGGUCUUCGCCAAUUCUCACGCCGCCUUCGGACAUCUUGAGAACCCGAAAUUCAGAGUCUAGUCAUAAAAACACGCGCGGUCAACGUUCUAAUUCCCCUCAACCUGGUGCUUCGAAAGACAGCAAUAUCGGCUCCGUUAAUUCUCCUCUUCAUUCGGUCUCUAUAAGUCCAUCCUCUUCGUGUUCUUCGCGGCUGAUGUCACCGCCGGUGUCUCGAUCUUUUCGUCAUCCAAGUCCACGCAAGAGAUCCAAUUUACAUUCUCCUCCUCCCAUUGUGAAUUCAACGCAGUCGAGGGCAAGGGCUACACACAAGCUUAUCCUUGAGGCUGAGAAAGCGUAUGAAUUUACGGAUGAAGCGCAGGAAACUUGCGAGAAGCUUAGCUCGUUCCGGAAAAGGAGGCUCGCUGACAAAAAGUACGAGUUCUGCGACGAAACUGAAGAUGCCGAAAAUAUAGUUCCUUUCAAGCAUAUACGGGAUCAAUUUAAACACCGUGGCUGCUCCAUACAUCAGAUAUCAUCCUCUCCUACAAUGUCACCUGCACUGCCAAAUGGUAAGAAGCAUUGGGUCGAUUCCGAUCAGAGUGAAACUGAUGAUUACAGCGUAACUCAGGAUACUGGUAUAUCUAAUGAUUUAGCCAUUGACUCAGCUGAGAAAAAUGUCUUACGUCCAUUAAAUCAGAAUCAACUGUCCAAUGGUGGCAUAAACAGGGAUCGUUCUAAUAAGCAUUCUGUGAAUUCUUCGCCACUAGUUCCAAAAAUAAAUUUACAAUAUCCUAGUAUAAAAUGUACCGCUCAUUUCAAGAGAAGCUACAUAGAACUCGACGAUGAAAUGAUAUCGGUUAUUACGGACGUUGAAGACGAGGAAACAGGAGGAUAUGUAAGUUAUCAAUGUGUGCUUCCUAUGCAUGUCCACGGAUCUGGAUAUGUCCAAAUGCAAAUGAUCAGCAAUAGCAAAGCUGAAAAAUUGAUAGUACCAUGUGUCUCAAUAAAUCAAUUAAGUUUUGACAUCGAAACGUUCUCUCAUCAUAUUGCCGACUGGAUUUGUAUGAGAUUUAAAAAGAGAUAUUGGCACUGUAGUGAUUAUGACAUAGAAAUAAUAGAUGUGUGCGCAUUAAGUGGUGACAUUAUCUGUCUAUUAAUCAUGAAGAUACAAGCUAGUGAAAUUAGUAGUCAAACUCAAUGGUUCGUACUAGUUUAAGAAUGUUCAAGAAUUUUCGUUAUUCUAUUAUACUUAUUUUGGUGAAAUGUAGCUCUCAAGAGAGAACGCAAUACGAAGUGGGAUGCAAAUUCACAUGGAAUAUUGAUACAAGUCAAUAUAGGAUAACUGAUAUAUUACCAUUGGAAGAAGUGAAACCCGAAUCAUGGAAGCCGAAUUGUAUGAACGUUCCAAAUUUUCGGAGUCCGUUGUGGAACCCGACCAGACGUUUAGCGCCGAAGUUAAGGGAAAAGAUACAGCAACCGUAUGCGCACACAGUACGAUUUUUACAUAACGAAAUGACUUUGGCAGGUGAAUCCAUAACUAGACUUUACGAUUUGGAUAAUCUGGUGGAGUUUUACAUAACACCGAUGCCAAAUUAUUCUUCAAUUGAGUAAAUAGUUAUUGAAUAGACGAUAUGUUGCAAACAAUAAUUUAUUUAUUGUUACAAAUCUAAGAGUUUCAUCAUUGAUAAGAUAGCGUGUGCAAUGUAACGAAUGUAUUCGAAACAUACCCCAUAGACCUAUGAUACUAUUUCAGAAAAAUCAUUAAUUCCAGGCGUAAAUAGCAACAGAUGUAACACGUUGUAUAGAUUCUUAUUCUGCUUUUUUCACGAGACUACUUAAAUAAGUUGAUUGUUAAGUGCCGCUAUAAUGGAUUGUCCAAAACAUAAUAACAUAGAUUAAGAAUACUGAAUAACGAUACAACGAAUGUUACAAGCGAUUGCUUGGACUUUGUAAAUCAUAUUCUAGCGCUAUAUUAUACAUUGAUCAUCUAUAUAUUAUUGAUGAACUUUGGUAAUUAUCGAAUAUAAGUAACUAAGAACUGAUUGUCAAUGAAUGUAUUGUAUGUGGUUUCAAAGAAAAAGAACAAAUAAUGACAAAUUAUUUAGUAAUUGGUCCCAAAAUUAAUUAGUGAAAGAAAAAAAUCUAUCACGACAUAGCUCUUAAUUGAGUUUUUAUGCUGAAAUUUAUCCUAGAUAGAUUUGUAGAAUUAGAUACAUUUAUUUACGUUUUCGCGUUAACUUCGUGUAUCCGUGUUGUAUUAUAAAGCCAUUUUAUCAUAAACUUUUUUAUAUCUGAAAAACUGAUAUAUAUAUAUAUAUAUAUAUA